CAUCAUUUUUCUUCUUUUUUUGUUAUUAUCGUUAGUAGUCUAGUUUGAACAACCUUUUUACCCAUAUACCUCCCUACAUCAAUCUAGAGUCUUGCAAGCCUUCUCUUCGUGGUUCGAUCCCCCACUCAUCACUACACCAGUUGUAGGUGUAUUAAGGUGUUGAUAAAUUAUUGUUUUCAUAGCUUGGUCUUUAGUUAAAGACGCUAAAAUCAGGUUAUCACUGACUCCUACCUCACAGACGAUGAUGUGCUGAGGUAUGCAGUCGAGCCCCCUCUUAGGCCCCCUUCGCGUCUCACACCCUCUUUACGCACGAAUAUCACCCUUACAAAAGCGUCCAAGCCUCUCCGUCAUCGCGACCAGAUGAUGAGGACUCUGAAUAUGAAUAUGAAAUUAUGUCCUCCCUAGGUCAUAUCGAGGCUAGACAUGACCAAGUCCUCACCACCCAAGCCCAUCACACUGCCCAACACAAUCAUCUUGAGCAAAACUUCGAAAGGGUAGGAUACUCAUGGUAUGACUUUGCCUACCGCUCCCACAUGGUUGGCGAAGCAUGACAACCCCCUCUUGGUACCCCCCGUCAUGAAAACUAUUAUGAAGUAUCUUUAAGUCAUUGGUUUGAUAAGCUGCGUGUGGGUAAGCGUAGGUUCAACAAUUUCACCCCUCCAGCCCCUAGAACGGCUGUUAGGGGAGACUAUGGGAUGGAUAUCAAUGCCGAGGAAGAAGAAGAGGGUGAGAAAGAGCACGUAGACCCUCAGGAUGGGGGUUUCAUAGGCGAUGAGUAGUGUGUAUCUUUUAGGCCUCUUUUAGCAUAAAAGAUGAUUUCAGGACAGCUUCUGGGGUACAUCCUUUGUCCUCAACUCAUCGUUUUGUUGUUUAAUUUUUGGUCUUUUGCUUUGUAUAAUUGUUGGUCUUGUUGUCGUGUUGGUUUUACUUUGGUUAUUGGUUGGUUUUUGUUUCUUGGUAUUGUUUUCAGGUUCUUCUACUCUCAUCCUAGUGAUGAGUUUGAAUUGAUAUGUGGCUCCUUAUACUCUCAUCUGUGCGAUGAUUUUCAUCUGCUGAAUCUGCUUAAUCAUCAUGGAGAGUGCGUGUUUCACUUACUUCUUGGUGUUUUCAAAAAUUUCAAGGUCAAUUGUGUUGUGUUCGAGGCUUAGGCACUCAUACCAAGGGUUAGACGCGCAUAUCGAAGUUUUGACAUGCAUUCCAAGUCACUCCAUCAAUCUCCGUGAAGUUCGGAGGCUCUUAGACACUUCAACAAAUACAUUCGCUAGUGUAGUUUAUUUUGCUCUUAAGCUUUCCUUAGUUCAUUAACUUUAGUUUUUAUAGUUUAUGCUUUAAUCUUCGUGUCUCCAAGUUUCUACUUUCUUGCAUUGACUUCAAUCUUGGUUUAUGAAUCUUCAC